AUGGUGGCGAGACUUCGUCUCGGCAGGUUCAACCAUGCCACAAAGGCUGCUAGUUUGCUAGUGCGACAAGCCGACCGAGGACAACACCCCCGUCGCGUCAUACUGCUAAUGUCUACUAUGUGUUCUUCAGAAGCUAGGGCGUACCCCAGAAGCGACGCGCAUUGUCCUCGCCCGGGCAAUGUGGCAAAUAUGCGAGGGCUACCGGCUAGAGGACGAAGCCGGCCAAAGAAGUUAGUCCGCCAUCGCCAGCAACAUCCAGUGCGCUUGGCAACACUUAACGUUGGGACGCUUACUGGAAGAAGUCGUGAACUGGCAGACAGUCUCAGAAAACGCCGUGUUGACAUAUGUUGUGUACAGGAGACUCGCUGGAAAGGCUCCAAGGCAAGGGAAUUAGGCGAUGGCUACAAGCUAAUCUACCACGGCACAUCAAAUCGCAAUGGCGUUGGUAUCAUAUUGAACGAGUCGUUUAGAAAUAGCGUCACAGCGGUGGAUCGACUAUCGGAUCGCUUGAUGGCUGUAAAAGUAAAUACAGGAGAAGUGGAAUUGCGAGUCGUCUCUGCUUAUGCGCCACAGGCAGGCUGUAGGGAAGAAGAGAAGGCAAGUUUUUGGGAGGAUCUGGAGCAGUACGUCCAAUCCCUGGAAAGCGAAGAAAUACUUUUAAUCGGAGGAGACUUCAACGGACAUGUCGGUUCUCGGAAAGACGGAUUCGAGAGCUGUCAUGGUGGAUACGGCUAUGGAGCUCGUAACGACGACGGGUUGCGAAUCCUGGAGUAUGCUGUUGCAAGUGACUUGAUCAUUGCUAACACGCAGCAUCGGAAAAGAAAAUCGCAUUUGAUCACGUACACCAGCGGCGGUCGUGAAACACAAAUAGAUUUCUGGAUGUUACGCCGACGAGAUCGCCGACUUCUGCAGGAUUCAAAAGUCAUCCCUACAGACCAUGUCGCUGCCCAACACCAUCUGCUCGUUAUGAACUUGAAACUCUCCCGUCUAAGGAAGAGACAUGCAAGGACUGAAACACAGCGCAUCAAAUGGUGGAAUCUGAAGGAUCGAAAGGAGGUAUUUUUCGCCUCCGUGGCUCCAUCUACACUUCCCCACCCUACUCAUAGUGUGGAGGAAAUCGUCGUCUACUUCCAGCGUUAUACGCUUGACCGCGGAGAACACUCUGGGAAAGGCGACUCUAGGACGCGUCAGCCUGAAGAUCAGGGUGCUUACCUAGCGGCGAAAAGGGAGGCUAAGAAAGCAGUCUCCAAGGCGAAGUCGGACCGCUACAAGGCUGUGUACGACAUGCUUGAUACCAGAGAAGGCGAGCGGGCAGUGAGCUGGUGGAGCUGUUCUGCGCCGCUCUGGUCAGAUCCUCAGAGGUGGCGAGAGUACUACAAUCACUUGUGUAACGAAGAGUUCUGUCAUCCUCCCAUCCCAACCGUUCCCAGUGUCGAGGGUCCUGUUCUACCAAUUACUGUCGUCGAAGUCAGUGCUGCCCUCGCAAAAAUGAAGUCGGACAAGGCAACCGAUCCUGAUGACAGACCUGCUGAUGUCUGGAAGCUGCUAGGAGAUCGAGGGUCCAUGUGGCUCGCAGCUCUAUUUAACAAGAUCGUUGCAGAAGGACGGACUCCAGACAAUUGGCAAACUUCCGUGACUGUGCCUGUCUGGAAAGGGAAAGGAGACAUUGCUGACUGCACCUCGUACAGGCCUAUACGACUGCUCUGCCAUACGAUAAAGGUUUUUGAGCGUGUCCUGGAAGCUCGUCUAAGGAAAAUUGUUAGCGUUUCACUCAACCAGUGCGGCUUUGUGAAGGACUGCAGCACUAUAGAUGCUAUCCAUGCUGUCCGAAUCCUCUUGGAGAAACAUCGAGAGAAGAACCGCAGUGUGCAUCUUGCUUUUCUCGAUCUCGAGAAAGCUUUCGACCGUGUCCCACAUGAGCUGUUAUGGAUGUCCAUGAGGUCGCAUAGAGUACCAGAAGAAUAUGUGCGGUGGACUAAGCUACUUUAUGCGAAGCCUACCAGCGUUGUACGAUAUGCUGCUGGAACAAGCAGGGUCCCUGUACAAGUAGGGGUUCAUCAGAGUUCAUCCCUCUCACCUCUGCUGUUCAUACUGUGCAUGGACACGAUAACGAAGGAAAUCCAGAAGCAGCAUCCGUGGACUCUACUCUUUGCCGACGAUGUCAUGCUCGCGGCGGAGUCUCGAGAUGAUCUUCAGAAACAAGCACAGUCUUGGAAGGAUCAGCUGCAGCAAUAUGGAUUGUGCCUCAACACAUCAAAAACUGAGUAUAUGGAGUGCGGACCAAGGAUAGAGGAUGGUUCAAUUCGUGUCGAUGGCACCGAAUUAAACAAGGUGAACUGUUUCAAGUACCUUGGAUCCAAAGUGACUUCCACAGGCGACAUUGAUCAAGAAGGUCGAGCACGUGUUAAUGCUGCAUGGAUGAAGUGGAAAAUGGCAACAGGGGUACUGUGCGACAAGAAAGUCCCUGUUCGACUGAAGUCGAAGAUCUAA